AUUGAUCAGUGGAGAAACUGAUACUGUUGCUCUGGGGUGGGAAAGGCCAGCAGUCCGCGCGAGAGAACCAUGUCUGUUCGGGAGUCGUUUAACCCGGAAAGUUACGAAUUGGACAAGAGCUUCCGUCUGACCCGAUUCACUGAACUGAAAGGCACAGGCUGCAAAGUGCCGCAAGAUGUCUUACAGAAACUGCUUGAAUCUCUACAAGAAAACCAUUUUCAGGAAGAUGAACAGUUCCUGGGGGCGGUUAUGCCCAGGUUGGGAAUUGGGAUGGACACUUGUGUUAUUCCAUUAAGACAUGGUGGUUUGUCGUUGGUCCAGACGACAGAUUAUAUUUAUCCUAUUGUGGAUGAUCCUUAUAUGAUGGGACGGAUAGCGUGUGCCAAUGUCCUAAGUGACCUUUAUGCCAUGGGGGUCACAGAAUGCGACAACAUGUUGAUGCUCCUUGGAAUCAGCAAUAAAAUGACAGAUAGG